CGCAACAACGGAAGCACCUGCUGUUGUCACAUUUUUUUUAAUUUACGUGAUGUGAUGUAAAACGAUGAAAUAUUUAAAAAAAAAAAAAAAAAAAGCUUGAAUGAACAGCAUGCUGAGCUAUGUGUUGGUCGUGUUUUUAUCUGUGUUAUUGGCGGUGUUGUUCAUGCCUCGAGAAUGGUCCGUAGAUGUUGGGAAUGAAUCAAACCAGAGGCUCUUGAGCAGGCAUGAACUGUCGCUGUACGACGGGGAGAGAGGCAGUAGGGGCAUUUACCUGGCCAUCCUGGGGCAAGUUUUUGAUGUACACAAGGGAUACAAGCACUACGGACCUGGAGGUGCUUAUCAUGUUAUGGCAGGGAGAGAUGCUUCACUGGCCUUCAUCACUGGAGAUUUCACAGAAAGUGGCCUGACAGAUGAUGUGUCCAGUCUGUCCCCACUGCAGAUAGUGGCCCUGUAUGACUGGCUGGCCUUCUAUCAGAAGGACUACCAAACUGUCGGUCUGGUAGAAGGCCGGUUCUAUACAGAGACUGGACAGCCCACAGAAGCCCUGUUGCAGGUAGAAGCAUCACUAGCAGAGGGCCAGCGAAUCAAAGCCCAGUCUAAGGCUGAGAAGAUACGCUUCCCAGCCUGUAACUCAGAGUGGAGCGCUGCUAAGGGAGGAAGGGUCUGGUGCUCCACAAAGAGUGGUGGAGUAGAAAGAGGAUGGACGGGUGUCCCGCGGAAACUCUUCUCUCCAGGCUCCAGCAGUGCUCGUUGUGUCUGUGUGGAAGACCCAUCUGCAGCAGAGGAAGACCCAAACCUGCAGAAAUAUGACGGCUGUCCUCCACAUGCUGACUCUUGUACUGUUGGAGAGUACUAGUCUCUGAUCCAGUCCGGAAAAUGGACACAUUCAUGGCUUGCUUUUUAGCAGCACUAAACUCAGGACAAACACAAAGCUUUUGCCAGUAAAUCACAGCAAUGAACAUUCAUACAAUAAAGAGGUAGAUUGAAGAAAA